CAGUGAAGAUCUUUGAUCAACGUGAGUGUUCGUGAUUCCCCUCCUCUCUCUGACGAAGUCGCAGAUCAGCAGCCUUGCCCCUUCUCGUCCGCAGCCUCGACGUUCAGGUAUGAAGACACCGGUGCGUGCGUGUGUUGCGUGGUGAUCAGGGGGUGGGGAGGGUGCUUGUCAUGGAAGCGGGCAGCUCUGGCAGCACGAGAGACAGGCGAGUACUUCUCUCAGCGAUGUGUCGUGCAUCCACCUCCCCUCGUACGAGUCUUUCUUCCGGAAGAGCGAGGGCCCAGGCCGACGCCCAUCGGGUGUUCCCUUGCCAACGCCGGGCGGCGGGCAGUUGCCUUGAGCGGGCCGGGACGAACUGGGUUAUUCCAGGCGGGCAGCCUGCAGCGAACUCGGAUGGGAGAGAGUCCUCGGACGGGACUGAUGGGCUGUGAUGGAGAGAGAGAGAGGGAGGGAGCGAGGAAGUAAGUGAGACAAGCCAGGUACGAGAGAGCCAGUGACACGUUUGAUGGGUACAUAGCUGUCAGUACAGAGAGAAAGCGAGGCAGCAAGACAGACAGAUAGAUAGACAGGCGCAUGUAGGCAGACAGGCAGGAAGGAGGCAUUUCCUCACCAUUUGGCUGAGGGCUUAUACGGACCUUGUGCAGUUGAUCGUCGACUAGACACAGGGCAUGAUGGAUGGAUGGUGUGUGUGGGCGAGAGGCCAUGCACACUGAAUUAUGGAUGAGAGUCGUUUUGUCAUGAUGACUGACCGACUGACUGAGUGCUUUGGGUUGGACUUGAGGAAAAAUUGCCUUGGUGACUGUCCAGGGAACAGAAAUCGACAGAUGCCGAUUGUGUUGGGCAGGUGGUCCCGACAGAAGAAAUCCUCCUGAGAGAAAACAAGCAUAGGAAACCGUGCGGGGUCAUCGAUGGAUCCGUGAGACGUCUGACUGACCUCGCAUGUGUCUUGGUUUCUGCACUUCAUGCGUGUGUAUGGCAGCUGAAUUUGGCCCUCCUUGAAGAACAUCUGUUUGCUACUGUUACCUCCCCAGUGGUAGGCAAACCAGCUCUUGGGACUCCGCUCAUACGUCACUCCCCUAAAUCUCACUUCGUGAUAGAAUCUGUGAUAGGAAGGCUCAGUUGUGGGCCCAUUUAUGUGGUCUCCCUGCCGACAGCCAUGGCCACUCAUCGGAAUUUCAAACUCAAGGCGGACUCGUACACCUCUGCCCACAAACUGGACAUAAGAGGCAAAGACAUCGUCUGCAGCACUGAACCGCCAGCGCGGCCUCUUUGUCUUGCAGAGGCCGUCCAACUUCUGCUGCAGCGCUGUUGCCGCCUCCUUGACGAUCGGGUUGGUGAGCUGUACGGCUGUCUCGCCAUUGACGACAUCACCGGCAGCGAGCUGAUGGACGUAGGGGAUGGUGCUCUCUGGCUGGAAGCGGAAGAAUCUGUGAAUGCGGCAGACAGUGCCGGUGCCAUUAUUCCAUUGUUCGUCUUGCUCAUCAGUGCACUCGGGAUCGAGCAUCUCGUUGAAGCGAAAGAGCACGAAGGGGUUGAGCUGUCCGUCGCCCUGGCCGUGAUGAAGGGAAUGCGCGUGGACGAUCACAUGUAUCUCUGCGCCAGUGAAGCCCUUAUGAGUGACCACAGACCCCUUUUGCCGCCUGCAGAGCCUCGCAUCAGUGACCCUAAACUGAGUUGGUCGCAGUUCAGGUGUGACGGUGAGGGGGUUGGCGGCACGUUGCAGGUUGAGAUCGUUGAUGGCAUCGGUUAGCAGCUCCUCAACCUGCCGCUUCUUGCCUUUCUUCCACUGCUGCGACUCCCCGCCGCCCACGGGGAACCACACCUCCGUGUCCGCUGGGCAGUCGCCGACAGACAGAAAAGACGCGAGAUGGUCGAUGGGGCGAGAAGGAGUCCCGGAGGCCGUGGUCACCAGCAUAGUUGCAAUCAGCAAGGCUGUCAGCAGAAGCUUCAUUGUCCAGCAGCAGG